ACCAUUUACAUACAUACAACUGUAACUAACAAGUCUCUAACGACUCUUCCCUGAUUUCCGUUUGAGCUGAUCCCUCUUGAUCACUUCAUUAAACACUCGAAUUAUGUAUAUCGAGAUCAAGAUCGAGAGAGAGAUGAGAGAGAGGGAGAUGAUGUAUGUGAGUGUUGAUUGUGGGGCAUUUCUUUGACUCCGCCUGCCGGCAAGUCAUCUCUAUCUCUUUCUCCCUCUAUCUUUUUACUAUUUUUCUUUUUUAUUAUAUAGCUGUGAAUAUCUUGUACAGAUGAUUAUUGUAUAUAUUUUCUCAAGCGCGUAAAAGGGUCAAAAGUAACAUAUUCAACAAGCUGAUCUCUUUGUUUGACUACUAAGCCUUUACCAUUAUCUACAUACGUCUGCUCUUGUUUAUUCAUAAGCAAUUCAAAUUUCAUUUCUUUUUUGUGUUUAUCGUGUUCUUGGUUUUUUUAAACCAUUUAAGCUGGUUUUUCUUUGCAAUUAUUGUCUAGAUUGGCUAUUUACAUGAUUUUUGAAUCUAAUUUGAUGGGAAUGUUAUGAUUUUGGGGUAUUGUUGGGGUUGGUAAUUUGGGUAGAUUUGUUUAUUUGUGUACUAGGGGAUUUUAGCUAUGGGGGGUUUAUGUGGUAAGCCUUCUUCGCCUGAGGGAGAAAGGCGUGAGAGUCCGAAAUCGAGACAGGGAGCUUUGGUGCUGUCUCGGGGAAAUUCUGGGAAGAGGGUUGAGAGUUUUAGAGCGAAAGAUAAGAGGGAAAAUGGUGAUGCUAGAGUUGGUUAUAUUGAUAAGAGAACCAAUAAUUCAAGAAGGGUACGUGAUGAGCAAUCGGAGAAGAAAAAGACUCAACUUGUCGAUUCAAUUCCAGCAAGUAUUUCCAGUGCUGCUCAAGCGGAACUUAUUGCAGCAGGCUGGCCUUCUUGGCUUGUUGCAGCUGCUGCUGAAUCGAUAAAGGGAUGGAUUCCACGACGGGCCGAUACUUUUGAGAAACUUGAGAAGAUUGGCCAAGGUACAUAUAGUAGUGUAUACAAGGCUCGUGACGUACUAAAUAAGAAAUUCGUUGCUCUUAAAAGAGUGCGGUUUGAUAAUUUAGAUCGCGAGAGUGUCAAGUUUAUGGCCAGGGAAAUCCUUAUUUUACGGAGGCUGGAUCAUCCAAAUAUUAUAAAAUUAGAGGGAUUGGUCACUUCCCGGACAUCUUCCAGUUUGUACCUUGUUUUUGAGUACAUGGAACAUGAUCUUACUGGACUUGCAUCCCUUCCUGGUGUAAAAUUCACAGAACCACAGGUUAAAUGCUACAUGCAGCAACUAUUGAGCGGGCUUGAUCAUUGUCAUAGUCAUGGUGUUCUUCACCGUGACAUAAAGGGUUCAAAUCUUUUGAUUGAUGAUAAUGGCAUUCUUAAAAUUGCUGACUUUGGCUUGGCAAGCUUUUUCGAGCACCGUCAGAGUGCACCAUUAACAAGUCAUGUUGUGACUCUUUGGUAUCGACCACCAGAACUAUUGCUUGGAGCCACCUAUUACGGAGUUGCAAUUGAUCUUUGGAGUAGCGGUUGCAUUCUUGGUGAACUGUAUGCCGGGAAGCCUAUCAUGCCUGGAAGAACAGAGGUUGAGCAAUUGCAUAAAAUAUUUAAACUUUGUGGCUCACCAUCUGAGGAUUAUUGGAAAAAAUCCAAGCUUCACAAAUCUACAGUAUUCAAGCCUAAGCAGCCCUAUAGAAGACGUCUAGCGGAAACAUUCAAAGACUUUCCUGAUGCUGCUGUGGGUCUUAUAGAGACCUUACUUGCAGUUGAUCCUGCUCAAAGAGGGACUGCAGCUUCUGCACUAAAGAGCGAGUUCUUUAUUGUGGAACCACAUGCCUGUGAUCCUGCAACUUUGCCUAAAUACCCUCCCAGUAAAGAGAUUGAUGCAAAACUGCGCGGUGAAGAGGCGCGAAGGCAAGGAGUGGGUAUCAAGGACGAUAAAGUUGAAAGGGACACGAGUAGACCAAGAGAUUCUCGGGCUGUACCUGCCCCCGAUGCUAAUGCUGAGUUAGCGACAUCAUUGCAGAAACGAGGACGGUCGAAUCCUAAGACCCGAAGUGAGCAAUUUAACCGUCAGAAGGACGAAGCUGCUUCUGGUUUUCCAAUUGGUCCACCUAGAGCAACUCAAGCUUCGAAAGAAGGUAGAAAAGAGCAAAUUGAACAACCUCCGAACAGAGCUUCAUAUUCAGGGCCAUUAGUUCCAGGUGUUGGAUGGACAAAGGCUGCAAAGAAAAACGAAGCCAUGCCUGUUGUUUUACCCAGGACAAAUUUAUCCUCGCUCUCUGGUUUAGUAGCAUCAAGGACUCUGACGAGUGAAGAUUCUCGAGAUAAAUUCUGCCCCCCACAUCAAGCAGCAGCAGAUCAAGCACGCAGGGUUUCAGAAACAUUUGACGAAUGGGGGAGUGCCAGGAAGCAGGAUAUAAAGCAUCAAACUCAGGGAACUACUGGUUCUCGUCAGAUGGGAAAUUUAUUAGGCAGUACGAAAGAAUCAAUACUGAACGGUCAGGGUUUUCAGGGAAAGGGAAAUAAGAUCCAUUUCUCCGGUCCCUUGCUUGUUCCGUCAAACAAUGUUGAUCAAAUGCUUAAAGAUCAUGACCGCCAGAUCCAGGAAGCAGCUCGACGAGCACGGAUUGAGAAGGCAAGAGUGGGUAUUAUUGAACCUCAAGUGACACCUAAUCCGAUGUAUGUUGGCAAUCGUGGAGCUAGGUGAUUGAGUUGUGUAUUUGCAAGGAGAGAGAGUGAAGAAGCUCUCCCCUAUUAAGAUAGUAAAUCUAUGUAUAGUGUGUAAUAUUAAAUUUAUUCAAAAUUAAUAGUAUGUCAUGUUUUGACAAUAAGUUCCCAGAAUAAAAAAAAAUCGAAAAUGAAAUAUAUCUUGCUAGGCGUUAUAAAGGCGUGGCCUCAUAGUUGCUAAUAGCAAGGAUAGCAACUUGCUAUCCUUACUUUUUCUUAGUUUGUUCUGAAAUUACACUCAAUACAGAACCCUUAUGAAUUUGUAUGUUAUAGUGGGAGUAAUUUUUUUGCAAUUUC